UCCUAAAUCCCUCACCCGUUUUUCUUACAGCCAGAGUCCUUACCAAUCGGCCCCUACGAUGGAAGAAGAACAACAACAACUUCGAGUUCUGUUCGGAAAAUACGAGAUGGGAAGGUUACUAGGCAAAGGAACAUUCGCAAAAGUCUAUUACGGCAAAGAGAUAACCACCGGAGAAAGUGUUGCAAUCAAAAUCAUCAACAAAGAUCAAGUCAUCAAACGUGAAGGUAUGAUGGAACAAAUCAAACGAGAGAUCUCAAUCAUGAGACUUGUUCGUCAUCCAAACAUCGUCGAAUUAAAAGAAGUCAUGGCAACAAAAACAAAGAUCUUCUUCAUCAUGGAACACGUUAAAGGCGGUGAACUUUUCUCCAAGAUCGUUAAAGGAAAGCUUAAAGAAGACUCUGCUCGUAAGUACUUCCAACAAUUAAUCUCAGCCGUUGAUUUUUGUCAUAGUAGAGGCGUUUCUCACCGAGAUCUAAAACCGGAGAAUCUCUUGGUCGACGAGAACGGUGAUCUUAAGGUUUCCGAUUUCGGUCUCUCUGCUUUACCUGAACAGAUUUUACAAGACGGUUUGCUACAUACUCAGUGUGGAACUCCGGCGUAUGUUGCGCCGGAGGUUUUAAGGAAGAAAGGUUACGACGGAGCUAAAGCUGAUAUUUGGUCUUGUGGUGUGAUCUUGUACGUACUUCUCGCCGGUUUUUUACCGUUUCAAGAUGAGAACCUAAUGAAAAUGUAUCGGAAGAUCUUCAAAUCGGAGUUUGAGUCUCCGCCGUGGUUUUCACCGGAGUCCAAGAGAUUGAUUUCGAAGCUUUUAGUUGUUGAUCCGAAUAAACGGAUCUCGAUACCAGCGAUUAUGAGAACACCGUGGUUUCGUAAAAACUUCAACUCUCCGAUCGCUUUCAAGAUCGAUGAGCUCGAGAACCAAAACGUAGAAGAAGAAUCAACAACAACAACAACAACAACAACAACACCGGUCUCGCCGAAGUUCUUUAACGCGUUUGAAUUCAUUUCCUCGAUGUCAUCAGGAUUUGAUUUGUCGAGUUUGUUCGAGAGCAAGAGGAAGCUGAGCUCUAUGUUUACGUCACGGUGUUCGGCGUCGGAGAUAAUGGCGAAGCUUGAAAGGAUAGGGAAAGAGAUGAACAUGAAGGUGAAGAGGACUAAAGAUUUUAAAGUGAAGAUGUUGGGGGAAACGGAAGGGAGGAAAGGACAGAUCGCGGUGACGGCGGAGGUUUUCGAGGUUGCGCCGGAGGUAGCGGUCGUUGAGUUAUGUAAAUCGGCGGGAGAUACUUUGGAGUAUAAUAGGUUAUAUGAAGAACAAGUCCGACCGGCGUUGGAGGAGAUAGUUUGGUCGUGGCACGGUGAUAAUCAUAAUAACAAUAUUGUUAGUAAUAAGAAUAAUACUGUUAAUUAUGUUAGUGAUGAUAAUUCUGGUAGUGACUGUUAAGAGAAUGUAAUGAUAGUUAUGUAAAUUAAACUGUUUAUUUUUGUUAAUCAGUUUUUAGAUUCAAGGAAGUUUUUGUAAAUUGUGUAUAUAGAUGUUGAGGUUUAUUAUUAUUCUCUUUGAGCAAUUUAUUUUGAUCAUUUAGAUUAUUUACUAAAAGUAGAUAUUGUUU